GGAGGAGUGGCUGGCCUCUACUCCCCAGGCCUUCUCCCCUCUGCACCCAGGCUUGGAUUUCUGAGCUCUCCGCCUUGCUCCAGAACAUGGCAGGCCCCGCAACCACUGCAGCCAGCCUCCUGCUGCUGGCCCUUGUGGCUGGACACAUCAGCCGUGCGGGCUCUGUGGUCAUCCCUGCUUCCUGCUGCAUGUCGUUUGCCACCACGAAAAUCCCUCGGAGCCGAGUGGUAGGCUACCAGUUAUCCAAUGGUAGCAUGUGUCCCAGAGCAGGGGUGAUCUUCCUCACCAAGAAGGGCCUCAAACUCUGUGGCGACCCUAGGCAGCCGUGGGUGCAGAGUUACAUCAAGAAUCUGGACGCCAAGCGCAAGAAGUCCUCCAAAAGGGCCAGGACGGCAGAACCUGGGGUUCCUGGGCAGAGACCUGCCGGAGGCAGCCCCAUCAUCUAAUCCCUGUCCUCAGCUGGGAAGGGGGAUGCAGAGAGCUACCUUUCCUGUUUCUUUAGCAUCUCCCUUCCUGGGAGAUUCUAGCUUUCACUUAUCCCAGAGCUGGGAGAGAAGGUUCCAGAAGGUUCCAGAAGGUUCUAGA